AUGUUUUCAUCAAAGCCAGAAGAAGUUGUUACUGUUGAUGUGAGCCAAGCCAAGACUCUCCUCCAGUCCGACCAUCAAUAUCUUGAUGUUAGGACCGAGGAAGAGUUCAAGAGAGGCCAUUGUCUAGUACCUAAGAUCCUCAACGUUCCCUACAUGCUCAACACACCUCAAGGGAGAGUGAAGAAUCCAAAUUUUUUGGACCAAGUAUCUUCUCUUCUCAGCUCAACUGAUGAUAUUCUUGUGGGUUGUCAGAGUGGAGCCAGAUCCUUAAAUGCCACAAGUGAGCUUGUUGCUGCAGGUUACAAGAAAGUGAGAAACAUAGGAGGUGGGUACAUGGCUUGGGUGGAUCAGAGCUUUCCCAUCAACAAGGAGCAGCAGCAAUCUGCAAACUAA